AAUAAAAGCUUAGCACCAGAGUCCACACACACACACACACACAUCGUUCUUGAUCAAAGAUGCGUCUCUACAGCCUCAGAGUCAUGGCGGUGAUGGUUGGGCUGUGUCUCCUGGUCCACCACGCUCUCUCUGAUCCAGAUCCUCAUCACGGGCAUGGCCACCAUGGCCACAGGCGUGGUGGUGGCUGGGAUGGUAAUGGUGGUGGCUGGGAUGGUUAUGGUGGUGCCAACGCUGCUGGUGGUGCUGGCGGCAGCAGCCAAAAUGUCCUUCAAAAUGACAUCGUGGUCAAGCCUGUCAUAGUACUGCAGGACGGUACAGCAAUACCUGGACAAGUAGUAGCAGAAGUACCAGCAGAGUAGCUGUUAACCCUGACCCUCGCCAUAAGUAACCAUCAUUUGUCUCCUCCAACACUAGCAUGAGUCACCAACACAACCUCCAACACUAGUUAUAGACCUUCACCAUCAUAUGUCCCUUCCAACCUUCACCAUCACUUGUCCCCUCCAACAUCAGCAUGAGGCUUCACCACCACCAACAUAAAACGUCACCACCUUCAACUAUAAAAAUAGCUACCAACAAGGACCAGAAACAUAAACACUACCAGCUAUCACCACCAUCAUCUGAAGGAGAAGUAAGCACCUACAGCACCACCUGCUGGAUACACGGCCAACUACACCCCCAUUAACCGUCACCACCACCGCCAGUUGACACAACAGCAUCUACAAUAUCACCCACAGGAGCAACCACUACUACCACCUUUCACCGUCAACACCACACAUUAUAAAAUAUACAGAAAUAAAAGCCGGGUACUAAGGUAACUGAAUAAAGAGACCAUUAUAAACAAAAGAAUAAAUAGUCUCUGGAUUACUGUGAAAGUAACCAGGAAAAUAAUCUUUUAAUUCUCAGGAACAAAAAGACUCCUGUAACCAAAAAUAAAUUAUUCGUGAUGAA